AGCAAAGACGCCAUGUUUGAGCUAGAGAGGUGAAAAAAAUUUAUCGUUGCAAUUAAACAGACGUUUAAUUGUUACAAACAUUAUAUACUUACGGUUUUUGUUAACUUUUUUCAAUGUCUACUUUCAAGUGUUCGAAACGUGAAUUAAUACUUUCAUAUAUUGAAGGAGAAAAAACUUUUGAGGCGUUAUCAAUAAUUUUAAAAGAAAAUUAUCAUGUCUCUGAUGACAACAUAUCGCACACUUAAUCCAAUACUGUCACUAUCCAAAAUUUUGCCAAAUCGACUUUUUAAUGCCAUCUGUUGGGAAAUGUGGAACUACGCGUAAUUGCACUUACGCUAGUCUAAAAGUAACAGAAAUAACCGUUAGAUGGCAGUGGUCCGGUUCGUCACUAAACAAAAUAUUCCCCUCUCCUCAGUGGAACACUGACCUUCAACGAAAAAGUACGUGUCGCCAAGAACAAAAUUUACGAUUUUUGAGUGCAAAAGUGUCAUUUUAGUGAUUACACCGGUUUACCAGUAAUAUUUUUGGUGUGCAAAACAAUGCAGCGGCGCGAUAUUUUACUGAAGCUCGCGCUUGAAAAUAAAGAAAAUGACCGUAGUGAUGAAAAAACAAACUCACAUCAACCAGUGUUUCAUACUCUUACACCAGUAGAGCCGCUACAGAUCUCGGUUCAAAACAAUCAACAGUUACGUAGUUUAAGCAGCAGUAGUUCAUCUUCUUCAUGCAGCUCUUCCUCUUCAAGCAGUAAUUCAUCUUCAUCUAGCAUUGGGACACAUAAUAUUUCAGAUUCAAUCCAGUCUAAGGAGUUCAAUAUUAGUACUGAGUAUUUGACUCAAGCGGCCGAGAAUCUACCGAGCACAUCCAAAUAUUUGCAAAAUAGUAUGAUUCCAGAAUCUAUUCCUAUUCAAUUACCUAGAGCAAGAUCAUUAAGUUCUUGUUCAUCUAAAUCAAAAUCCUCUAUAGCAUCGUCAAGAGCAGGUGAUUUUUCCCCAGAUGAUGAUGACGCUGAUUAUGUCCCACCACUUAACCAAGCCUCACAUGGAGAAAGCUCUAGCAGUGAGCCAGCUGAUGUUAACGUUCCAGUCCGUAUGGUUUCCCCCACAAAAAAAAACGUAAGGGUGUGAUAAAUGAUAAGAAAAAAACCGCUAAGAAGUUACGUAAUUCAGGAAAACAAUACGUUUCACUAUCCAAAACUAAGAGAGUUAUUUCGGAAAGACGCAUGGGCCCUCCUUGUACAGAACGAUGUCGUUUAAGAUGUUCAGAAAAAAUUGAUGAAGAUCAUAGAAAUGCUAUCUUCAAGCUAUAUUGGGAAAUGGGCUGUAUAACUCGACAGAGGGAUUUUAUAUGUAAACAUUUGACUAUUGUUACACCAAAGUACAGUUACAAAAGGGAGAAUAACAAUCGUAAACCAAAGCAUGCUUUCCAUUUGACACUGGGAGAAAACAGAGUACGUGUUUGUAAAAUAUUUUUUAAAAAUACUCUUGGGAUAAAUGAUAGACCGAUUAGAACUGUAUUAGAGAAGAUGUGUGAUAGUGGUAUUGUAGAGCCAGAGAAGAGGGGGAAACAUGGGAACCAACACAAGGUUCUCGAUGAAGUGGUACAGGGUAUAAAAAAUCAUAUUGAUUCCAUACCGCGUAUCGAGAGUCACUACUUGAGGCAACAGACGAGUCGGGAGUUUAUUGACGGUGGCAAAAAUUUAAUGGAUUUAUACAGGGAUUACAAAAAAAUGUGUGAAGACGAAGGAAAGCCAGCCGGUGAGCAACAUACUUAUCGGAAAAUAUUUAAACAAGAUUAUAAUAUAAGCUUUUUCAUACCAAAAAAGGACAUGUGCGAGUUUUGUGCUGCUUUUGAAAAUAUGGAUGUACUUAAAAAGGAAGAAAAUGAGCUAAAAUAUCUGGAACAUCACACGGAAAAAGAAUUCAGUCGAGUUGAAAAAAAUGAGGAUAAGCUAAAGGUUCAAGAAAAUUACAUAGUUGCAUGCUAUGAUUUACAAGCAGUGCUACCUCUUCCGAUGUGUAAGACUUCUGCUUUUUAUUACAAAUCAAAACUUAACGUUUGUAAUUUCACCAUCUGUGAGUUAAACAAAGACAAAUGUAAUUGUUACGUUUGGAGUGAAGUGGAUAGCUUAAGAGGAGCGAAUGAAAUUGGUUCCUGUGUCUUAGAAUUUAUAAAAGAAAAAGCGCAAGCUGUCAAUGACCCUAAUUUAGAAAUAGUUUUCUAUUCAGACAAUUGUUGUGGUCAACAGAAAAACCAAUUUAUGUUUUCUAUGUACAUGUAUGCUCUGGCUAAUUUUAGGAUUAAGAGUAUCACACAUAAAUUUUUGAUAUCAGGCCAUACACAAAAUGAGAACGAUAACGUACACUCUGUUAUAGAAAAAGAAGUUAGGAAGUUUUUGAAGUCAUCACCAAUUUAUGUUCCUGAGCAAUAUAUCACUUUAAUAAAAUCAGCCAAAAAACGAGGCAAUACUUAUAAUGUUAAAGGAAUGCUGUAUUCCGAUUUUUAUGAUUUAAAAAAUUUAGCAUAUGAAUGUGGCACCCAUUUUAAUAAAAAUACACAUGGGGACACAGUUAGACUUUCCGACAUUAAAGUCAUAAAAUUUGUCAAGGAAAACCAUGGAGAAAUAAGAAUACUUUACAAAAACUCCUUUACUGAAAACCAGUUUAAUGAAAUAGCCCUAAAUCGACAAUCUCGCUCUAGACGCAAUGCAAACCGUCUGGGUUUUCCGUUAAAACAACUUAAUAAUACAAAAUUAGAAUUAACUACCAGAAAAAAGAAUGACCUAAAAUCCUUAAUAGACAGCAAUUUAAUCCCACGGUAUUAUGCAGAAUUGUUUUACAAUGGUAUUUUAUAAUUUU